GUUGCUGCUUAUGACUCAUUCAGGGAAGUGGACUGGAGAUAGGUGGCUGCUGUCACAUUUCUCAUCCAUUUACUCCUGAACUUGAAUGAACUUUCGCUCUGCCAGUGGUAACUGUUGCUGUCCUUCUGACAACAUUUACAACUUGCCAGACAAGGCAGAGUUAGAGAUGUGCAACAUCUACAUUGUCUGCAGGUGGUGAGGAUUCUGUGACACCCAACAGAUUCCCGGCUAUUGGCAAAAUGAUUAUCUUCAGGAUUAGAAAAGUCUGUCGUGCCAUCGUUCUACUCUGCAUCACAACUAUCAUUGUGUUUUAUACUGGACAGCUAUCCUCCAAUUCGCUUGUGGAUUUUGUUAAAAAUGCCCUUCGGCCUCUGGACAGGAUCCUCUCUCCAAGAUAUUGCGCAUGUCUCAAAUGUAUGACACAGCCAGACGAUGACCUCUGGUUUCAGAAGCGCUUCAACACAUCUCUUAAACCAUUUCUUACCAGAAAGUACAAGACACUCUCCAACGAUACAAGAAUGUGGUGGCAGAAAUUGCAGAAAGACCGUAACAAAGCCAACUUUAGCGAGGUGGUGGAGAAGUUGUUCCAGGUCAUCCCUGAUGCUGACCUUUACAUGGACGCGGGCCCUGAGCGCUGUAGGACCUGUGCUGUGGUGGGGAACUCUGGGAACCUCAAGGGCUCCCACUACGGAGCCCUCAUCGACUCCAGUGAUGUCAUCAUAAGAAUGAACAAGGCUCGUACCUCUGGCUAUGAGCGGGAUGUUGGCAGCCGGACCACACAUCACAUCAUAUACCCAGAGAGUGCCAUAGACCUGGACAACACCACUAGUCUGGUGUUUUUCCCUUUCAAGACACUGGACCUUCAGUGGCUACCCGGUGCCAUUACCACUGGAUCUCACAUCACUUUCUCAUAUUUACGUCUUAGACCGAAGAUAAAGGCCAACAAAGAUUUUGUUUUGGUUCUGAAUCCUGUGUUCAUGAAAUAUGUUCAUGAAGUCUGGCUUGACUAUUACGGCAAAUACCCCUCCACCGGAUUCAUGGCUUUGAUAUUAGCCCUACACAUUUGUGACGAGGUGAAUGUGUAUGGAUUUGGGAAAGACAGAAAUGGGAACUGGCACCACUACUGGGAAACACUAACCAAUAAAAAGCUCAAGACUGGACCACACCCUGGAGACUAUGAGUACAAUGUCACUAGAAAGCUCUCGGAAAUACACAAACUUGAGAUAUAUAAGGGAUGGUGAUAAUCAUUAAUCCAGAUUAUUAAUGGGAUUUGCUCAAGAAGUCCCUUUUUCUUUUAUUAUUGAACAAUUUAUUUCUGACUUUUUAGUCUGUCGACCACUACAUUACAUCUUAGAAACACCAUUCACACUUUUAAAACGUGUAGAUCGGUCUGGAUAAACUUGCUUUUGAUAACAUUUAUACUUUUUAAACUUUUUGACCUUCUAAAAAAACAAAUCUACUUUUAUGGGAUUUCUUCAAAAUUCCAAAGCUACCAUUGUUAAAAGCUGUCAUGACUUCUAACAUUCUAAUCACAAUAAUGUAACACAAAUCAGCUAAGUUGAGAGCUUUACCAACAAGUUAAAUAAAAACUUAGGCUGCU